CGCACGGUGUGCAACGCGCAGUGCAGACAGGCACUUUAUCACCUCAAGCCGCCAAAGGAUUAUAAACACUUCAGCCUCAAAACAACCAGAUCCUUUAAAUACCUGCGUACGCAUCGGUGGCCAGAAUUAACGCGUCCGGAGGAUAUAACAUUUCUGUGUCACAGUAAAGGAGCAUCGCUUGAUUUUGAAGAUGGUGAACAAAUGAAUCAAACAACCGCGGUGGGCUCAGCUGUAGAUGAGUUUCCUGCAUCAUGCCGCCGGGGGUCUUCGGCAUGCAGGAUGUGUGGGAGAGAGAGGGUCGGCAACAGGUCAACAUGGAGUUCCUCCUCCCCACGGGAAUCUACCUCAGCUUUCCCGUAGCGUGUAGUGACACCAUCAGUACUAUCAAGAAGAUGUUGUGGAAGAACGCCAAGGAUGAGCCUCUCUUCAGUGCGCUGAGUGACCCUGAUGCCUACGUCUUCACCUGCAUCAACAUGACAGCGGAGCGGGAGGAGCUGGAAGACGAGGGGCGUCGCCUGUGUGACGUCCAGCCCUUUUUGCCCAUUCUCAGGCUGGUGGCUCGGGAAGGGGACCGAGUCGAGAAGCUCAUCACCACCCAGAUCAAUUCGCUCAUUGGGAAAGGAAAUCACGAGUUUGACUCUCAGAAGAACCACGAAGUCAACGAAUUCCGAACCAAAAUGCGGGCGUUUUGUGAAGAGCGCGCUCAGGAGCGUCAGAUGUUGCCAUGGGAUCAGUGGAUGGAGUACAACUUUCCUUGUGAAUUGGAGCCGUGCUCUAUAGCGUCACACUCUGGGACAUCACGUAGUGUUAAAAAGUUCUUUGUCAAUGUGAAGUUCGAAGGCAGUGAGGAGACCUUCGUUCUCCAGCAAGUUCAUCAGGACCUACCCAUAGCCCUAAAGCAGAACGCCCUGAGAAAGAAAUCCACCGUGUUUCGAUCUGCAAAGCAGGACAAGCCAGAGGAUUACACCCUGCAGGUUAACGGCAGAUUGGAAUUCAUUUAUGGAAAAUAUCCUCUCUGCCAGUUUGAAUAUAUAUUUUCGUGUUUGCACGGAGGUAUUACUCCACAUCUGACUAUGGUGCAUCAUUCAUCCAUCUAUAAAUAUCAGGAGGAACAGGGUGGCCUCAGUAAUCAGGUGUCCAGAAGCCGCGCUCAAUCCAAACCGCCCCCUCUGCCUCUGAAAAGGCAAAACACAUGUUCGCUGUGGUCCAUCCAGGAGCCGUUCUACAUACAUCUCUUACAGGGCAGUCGGGUGAAUGCGGAUGAGGGCAUGAAGCUGGUGGUUCAGGCCGGCCUCUUCCACGGCAGUGAGCUCCUUUGCAAGGUGGUGACCAGCAGUGAGGUCAGCGUUUGUUCUGACCCUGUAUGGGACCAGAAACUGGUGUUCGACAUCAGCGUUAGUGACCUGCCUCGCAUGAGCCGCCUCUGUUUCGCCCUCUACGGCGUCAUUGAAAAGACCAAGAAGCGACCUACCAAGAAGAAGAACAAACGUGCGGACUGUCCUUUGGCCUGGGUGAACACAAUGGUGUUUGACUACAAGGACCAGCUGAAGACCGGGGAAUUUUCUUUGUCCACUUGGCCUUCUGUUCCAGAUGAUAAGGGUGAUCUGUUAAAUCCUAUGGGUACUGUGGAGAAAAAUCCUAAUAUUGACAGCACGGCCGGUCUCCUGAUUCGCUUUGCCAACAUUAGGCCACACCCCCUGUAUUAUCCACCAAUCGAAAAGCUAAAUGAAUUUAGUCUUAAUGGGGGAAAAGUUGUUGCUUCAAAAGAGGAGCAACAGAAACUGAAAGAGAUAGUAGACAAUAAAAACUACACAGAGUUUUUUGAAGAUGACAAGGAGCUUUUGUGGAAGUUACGGGCAGAAGUGAGGCAGCACUACCCGGAAAGCCUCCCCAAACUUCUGCUCAUCACUAAGUGGAAUAAACACGAGGAUGUGGCUCAGAUGAUUUGCUUGUUACGCAAAUGGACAGAUCUUCCCGCUCUGCAUGCUUUAGAACUUCUGGACUACAGUUUCCCUGACCCUCACGUGCGCUCCUUCACCAUCCGUUGCCUCAGGAAGUUGCGUGAUUGCGAACUCUUUCAAUACCUCUUGCAACUGGUGCAGGUUCUGAAGUAUGAGUCUUACCUCGAUUGUGACUUGACCAGUUUCUUGCUGGAGAGAGCUCUUGCCAACAAGAAAAUCGGUCACUUUUUAUUUUGGCAUCUCAGGUCUGAAAUGCACGUGCCAUCCGCCAGCUUGAGAUUUGGACUUAUUCUGGAGGCGUACUGCCGUGGAAGCAUCUACCACAUCAAGAGCUUGUUGAAGCAGAAUGAAGCCCUGAAUAAGAUGAAGGCUCUGAAUGACUUUGUGAAGUCCGGCAGUCAGAAGGCAACAAGGUUGCAGACUACAGAAGACAUGAAAGUGUGCAUUAAACAGGACACCUACAUGGAAGCGCUCUCUGACGUUGUGUCGCCUCUUAACCCCAACAUCUUGCUGUGUGAAAUCUGUGCAGACAAGUGCAAGUUCAUGGAUUCCAAGAUGAAACCGCUGUGGCUGAUGUACAAGAACAAAUAUGACACCGUGGGGCUCAUAUUUAAGAACGGAGAUGAUCUGAGACAGGAUAUGCUAACCCUUCAGAUGAUUCAGCUAAUGGACGUUCUGUGGAAAAGAGAAGGUCUCGAUCUCAGGAUGCUUCCGUACGGAUGCAUGUCGACAGGGAAUAAGACGGGUCUCAUUGAGGUGGUGAAGAACUCGGACACCAUCGCCAACAUCCAGAGAAACAACAGCAACAGCGCGGCGACUGCGGCCUUCAACAAAGACGCCCUUCUCAAUUGGCUCAAGUCCAUGAACCCUGGGGAUAAACUGGAUCAGGCCAUUGAGGAAUUCACGCUGUCCUGUGCAGGCUACUGUGUAGCCACAUAUGUUCUGGGAAUAGGGGACCGGCAUAGUGACAAUAUCAUGAUCAGGGAAACGGGUCAGUUAUUCCAUAUAGAUUUUGGGCACUUUUUGGGGAACUUCAAGAGCAAGUUCGGGAUCAACAGGGAACGUGUUCCUUUUAUCCUGACAUACGACUUUGUACACGUAAUUCAGGAGGGACGGACAAACAACAGUGAGAAAUUUGAACGGUUCCGGAAGUGUUGUGAACAGGCUUAUAAGAUCCUCUGUCGGAAUGGGACUCUUUUUGUGAAUCUCUUUGUCUUAAUGAAAGCUGCCGGUCUCCCUGAACUGAGUUCUUCCAAAGACAUCCAGUAUCUGAAGGACUCUUUGGCCCUUGGAAGGUCUGAAGACGACGCAUUGAAGAACUUUAAAGUGAAAUUCAAUGAAGCUCUUCGAGAAAGCUGGAAGACCAAGGUGAACUGGAUGAUGCACUCUUUUGCCAAAGACAACAGAUAAACUUGUUCACGGACUGCAACGAGAAAUCUUGAUGCUGAGUUUUUAUUUAAAGUGAUGCAGCUUCGAACAGAAUAUAUGUUGCACUGCUGUACGUCAUUCCUUGUAUAAUAGGUGACCACCAACAGCUGUUUUGUUUACAUCUUGUUAUAAAUGUUUGUUUUGCUGAGACUUAUUGCUUGACAGUGAGCGACGUCUCAGAGAUUAGUUGUAUUCGCAACACAAUGCACUGGAAAUUCACGCUACUAAUUUAAGAAAGGGUUGGCAUGCCACUAAUUUAACUUGCAUCACUGGUUUGUUUGUUUAAUUCAGUAUCUGCACAGAGAAAAGAUGUCCGACCAAGAUUAAUGUAUUUAUCAUUUUUAACUGUACAGCAUAAAUAACAGGUAGCUUUUUGUCAGGAGAGGGCACGUUGUGUUUUCUUAUUGUUUACAUUUUGGUUUUGGCAUUUGUGUUUUUCUGUUUACAUGAACGUGUUCGUUUGUAUAUAUUGGUUUGUGUUCCGCACUUAUUUACAUUCACUGAACAGUAUUUUCAGUCGUUUUCGAAUUAUUUGUACAAUAGGAAAAUCGUUCAUCAGGAAAGCCUUUGUAUAGUGAUGUAUAUGACCAGACAUUUUGUCAGUGUAGAAAUGAGCCUUAAAUAUUUGUAUUUGUGGGGCUUUCUGUGCCUUUGGGAUGUGACACAAGCCAUCUUGAAGACUCGUCCAAAGAGUUUAAAUUUUGGGGGCGUAAUGAAUUUUUAGGGUGUAUGCCUUAUACUAUUGUAUUAUGAAUCAGGACAAAAUGAAUAGACAGUAUUAUUGAUUUGUAGAAAAUCGCGCCUGGUUAUUGUGUGCCUAUUUUGAAUAUAGAGUGAGUCUAAAUAAGAGUUUUUUCUGGAUAUAACUUAACAGUUGCAGAAUGUAUAGCCGCAGUAUACACUGCUACCUGAAUCACGAAGAGAUAUCUGCUACUCUCAAAAGAUGCGUAAAUACUGUUUAUUUUCUGAUGUCCUCUAGAAUGUGAAUUUGUAAAGAAGAGAUUAAAGCCUAAUUCAAAUCAAUUUUAUCUUUAUAUGAAUAUAGUGAGUAUAUCAAAUGUCCAUUGCGUAUGAUUUUAAUUACGUAAAUAACCUCGGUGGAAUGAAGAAUAACGGUCACAAAGUGAAUGGAUUUCAACUUUUGUUUUGUUUAUUCUCUACUGGACAAAUUGAAUAACUCUCACAAUAAUGUUCUUGUUCAAGCCUUUGAUACUUUGACAUUUGUUGUGUGCCAUAAUGGACAUCUGGAUCUAAAAUGGUUUGGUUUUCAAAUGUGUUGUUUUCAUUUUAAAACAUGACACAUGAUGUAAGUUGUUUUGAGUUAUGGAAGUGUGCUUUCAUUGUUUCUGCCAUAAAUUAUUGAUUCUGAAUCUGUUUUCAUUGAAUUUUUUAAUAAUAACACGGAGACAGUAAUCAUAAAUAUAGGAAGUUCAUUCUACUUCAUUUCCAGAGAGCAGAUUAACAGGAUGUAAAACAAGCCGUGUGAGUGUACAUUUUCCAAAUGUAAAAAAUGAAAAAGGUACCAAAAAUUGAUGGUCAAAGGCUUUUAGAUUUCUGAGAAUCUCUCAGUAACUUGCUUUAAAACUAUAGGGCACAUGUUAGUGGUGCAUGGUCACUAUUAAAGAUUCUUAUUUUUGAUCUUUUUCUCAUGUAUGUGCUUAAUACAAUGAAAGCUAAGACCUAUUACGGCAUGUUUAGUGGUAGCCUACCACAGAAAAUAUACAGCUUUGGGGGAAAGGACACAAGAAAUGUGGUUUAAUGCAUAUUAGGUGGGUAAAUUCAGAUAUUGGGGAACAUCCAGUGUGUGCUAUUUUAAAAUACACACUGUCAAGUGUUCGAACGUUGUCCCAGAAAUGCUAACAGUAAAAGUAAAAAAAGGGAAAUGUGCAAAUUGUUGUGCUCUUUUUACUUUUACUGUCAUGCACCGCUUGCCUUUUUAUUUUUUAUUUAUAACUAAUGUGACCAUAAUAUGAAUUGUGUUUUUUGCUUUUUAAACAAAUGAUUUCCUGUUCGUUGUCUAUUUUCUGUAAAAUCUGUUUCUGUAAAAACUCUCUGGCUUAACCUCAUGCACUUUUGACAUAAUGAGCAGAUCUAGGCUCUAUGAUCUGGUGUAGCCAACAAGUCUGGCUCACUGUAAUGAGAAAUUGUAUGCCAAACAGCCCAUUUUCUUUCAAUACAUCAAUUCCAAUGCGAUGUUAAUUUACCUAUUCUUAAGAUUUCGAUAGUCAUCAUUUUGUAUGAUCAAUGAUCAAGAAUUAAAUGCAGAAUGAUGCACUGAAGUUUUUCGUAAUAAAAUCCUUAAUAAAUUAUGA